AUGCUCUCCACUUCAAAACUCUUUCAGCCAAUUCGGCUGGGAAACAUGCAGCUACAGCACCGGAUCGCCAUGGCCCCCUUGACUCGAUUCCGAGCAGACGAAGAUCAAGUUCCCCUUCCACAAUGCCUCGAGUACUAUACCCAGAGAGCUAGCUCUCCUGGCACCCUGAUUAUUGCCGAGGCAACCUCCAUCUCUCCGCGUCACUCUGCAGGGCCACAUGCCCCCGGUAUAUGGUCGCAGGCCCAAAUCGAAGGCUGGAGGGAGAUCACCGAUGAAGUUCAUGCGAAGGGGUGUUUUAUGUACUGCCAGAUCUUUGCUCCUGGUCGUGCUGGCCACAAGGAGGGGUAUCCUCUAUACAGCUCCAGUGCUGUACCCAUGACCGACGGCGAUUCAGAUGCCGUUCCCCAAGAGAUGACUGAGUCGGAAAUCUGGGAUUGCAUCUCUGAUUUCAAAACGGCUUCCCACAACGCUAUCAAGGCUGGUUUUGACGGUGUAGAGUUACACGGAGCAAAUGGAUACCUCAUCGAUCAAUUCAGCCAGAACACCUGCAAUAUCCGAACCGACAGUUGGGGAGGCUCUGUUGAGAAUAGGUCCAGAUUUGUACUGGAAGCUACAAAGGCCGUGGUCGAAGCAAUUGGGUCUGAUAGGGUUGCUGUCAGACUCAGUCCCUGGAGCACGUUCCAGUCCAUGAAGAUGGAGGUGGAGCUCGCAACUCGACAGUUUUCACACAUCAUCCGGGGACUCAAGGAGCUGUUUCUCUCCUAUCUUCACCUGAUCGAGUCACGCGUCGUCAACAAUAUAGACUGCGAGAAGAAGGAGGGCCUAGAGUUUGCUUUUGACAUAUGGGGCAACCAGUCUCCCAUCUUGGUCGCUGGCGGAUUCAACAGUGAAUCUGCAAGGAAAGCGGUGGAACAGGAGUAUCAAGACCACGAUAUUCUAGUUGUGUUUGGAAGAUAUUUCGUCUCAACGCCCGACUUGGUAUUCAGAAUCAAGGAGGGCAUAGAGAUGAAUCCUUACGACCGCUUGACCUUUUACACACCUGUAGAGACUAAAGGGUACACUGACUACCCUUUCAGCAAGGAAUUCUUGGGCAAAGUGUCCGUUUAG